GAGGAGAGCAAUUCACGGUGAAGACAUGGUUGAGUGGGGACACGUGCAAGCAUUGCAAUGUUGAAGAGAAAACCGGUGGUCUGAAGUAUUCAAGCUGAUGAAGUUGAGCCACAUAUAUAUUUUAAUCAUUUUCUAACACCCAGACAAGACAGAACACUCAGUCGCCGAUCGACUAUCUCAGUAUCUGGCAAUGGCAGCAGAGAACGUCCGUGCGGAUAUAUCCGGCCUCCCCGAGAAUUGCAUAGCCAACGUGCUGUCGCUGACGACCCCUAAGGACGCCUGUCGUUUGUCGCUUGUGGCAUCUAAGUUCCAUUCCGCGGCACAUUUCGACGGCGUCUGGGAACGGUUCGUGCCUCGGGACCUCGUUUCUCGGGCGGCCAACACCCGUGAUUUGUUAGCCUUCACUUCCAAGAAGGACCUCUACUUUCACCUAUGCGAUCAUGACACCAUUAUCGACGACGGAACUAAGAGUUUUGCACUAGAGGAAGGGAGUGGAAAGAUAAGCUACAUGUUUUCUGCAAGGUCACUGGAAAUUGCUUGGGGCAACGAUACCAGAUAUUGGCGGUGGUUUUCUUUUGACAAAUCACAGUUUAAUAUUCACCUAUCAAGGUUCUCUGAAGCUGCGGAUCUAUGUAAUGCAUGUUGGCUCGAGAUUCGCCUGAAGAUCAGUACAAAGAUGCUGUCUCCGGGCACGAACUAUGCAGCAUAUCUUGUGUUCAUAUUGAUAUCAAACCUCUCUCAACAACAGCCUGUUGAUGCAAGUUAUGAACUCCAGCCUGUUGAUGCUUCAGUUAGGAUUGGCGAGCAGGAGGGUGCAACCAGGAGUGUUUAUCUGUGUUCUAGAGGAAUACUGACGACUCCAAGUUUCAUCGUUAGUAAGGAUCAGCUUGGAGUGCGGUAUGGGCAAUUAUGUUUCAGGCCAGGUGAGCAUUAUGAGGCAGGUGGUUGUGAAUAUCCAAAGAUAAGAGAUGAUACAUGGAUGGAAGUUGAACUAGGAGAGAUCUUUAUUAGAGGUGGUGUAGAAGAAGAUGAGUGGGUAGACAUUAGUUUGAAGGAAGUGACGGGAGGGCUUUGGAAGGACAUCCUGGUGCUAGGGAUUGAGAUCAGGCCAAAUUGAUCACUUGGAGGAGAGGAAUUAAUAUUUAUUUUUCUUGUUAUUUUAUUAUUAUACAGAUUCUAUAGUUUAUGAUCAGUAGUUACGUUGAUAAUCACCGUAGAAAUUAAUUAGCUUGCACUUGUCUCCAUCUUUUUAUGAAAUAAUUUACUAUUUGUUCUUGAUGAAGGAACCAGCUGAGAGUAAAGGCUGCUGCUUUCAACUUAACAUUUCAAAGUAUGUUGUGUCUAUUUCAUAUUGGUUCUCUUGAGUGAUAA